CGGACACCCCUCCGGCCUACCUCCAAUCCUAGGGUUCCCCAGCCUUUCCUCCGUGCUCUCGACAGGCCCUGGCUGCCGUGCCUGUUUUCUCAGCGCCUCCCCCUUCCGUUUGGGGCACGCCGGGCCUGGCUAGGCCUCCAGCUCCUGCUUCUCCCGGCACCCCGGCCGGAGGCACCGUCCCCGCCUCGCCCCCAAAACGCGCUGAGCCCCGCCCACAGCUCUGCGCGGGUCUCUGCAGCCCACCCUCGCUGCGCCUCUCGCCGCGCCCCCUGACGAGUUGGCGCAGAUAGACCCCAGCACCUCCCUCUCGGGCACCCUGGGACCCCUCUCUGUCACCUAGGACCCACUUCGGGAUGCUUCAACGCUUGUGUAGUUACUAAGUGUUCAGGUGGGAAUAGAGAGGCCUUUCGACAGGCAUUUGGGUUCAUAAUUAAUUGUGGACUGUCAGGAAGAAAGCUGUGUCAUCGGUAAGCAACAAAGAGAAGCCACCUGAUGUUCUCGGUUACUGGCGGUCGUACGCUCCUGAGACGCAAACUUUUGAGCUUUACAUAGGUGAUGAUGAGCAGUCAACACAGAUGGCUGCAAGUUGGGAAGAUGAGAAAGUAACAGAAGCAUCUUCAGACAGUUUUGUUGCUAUUAAAAUCGAUACCAAAAGUGAAGCCUGCUUACAAUUUUCACAAAUCUAUCCUGUAGUGUGUGUUCCAUCCAGUUUCUUUAUUGGAGACAGUGGAAUUCCCUUGGAAGUAAUAGCAGGAAGUGUUUCUGCAGAUGAACUUGUUACCAGAAUUCACAAAGUCCGGCAGAUGCACUCAUUAAAAGGUGAAACAUCAGUGGCAAAUGGCAGCCCGUCAGAAAGUUCAGUCUCUACUCCAUCCACAUCAUUGGAACCUAACAACACUUCUGAAAACUCUCAGUCCAGAAAUGUAGAGCCUUGUGAGAUACCACCCACUUCUGAUACAAAGUCAGAUUCUGCAACAGGAGGAGAGAGUUCAGGCCAUGCCAGUCCAUCUCAGGAGCCUGGUGGAUGUUCAAAUCAGAGACCUCCAGAGGACCUGACUGUCAGAGUGGAAAGACUCACUAAAAAACUUGAAGAAAGGAGAGAAGAAAAAAGGAAAGAGGAGGAACAGAGAGAAAUUAAGAAGGAAAUUGAGAGGAGAAAAACUGGAAAAGAAAUGUUGGAUUAUAAAAGAAAGCAAGAGGAAGAAUUAACAAAAAGAAUGUUAGAGGAAAGAAACAGAGAAAAGGCAGAAGAUAGGGCAGCUCGAGAGCGUAUAAAACAGCAAAUUGCCUUGGACCGUGCAGAGAGAGCUGCUCGUUUUGCAAAGACAAAGGAAGAAGUAGAAGCUGCUAAAGCUGCUGCUUUGUUGGCCAAACAGGCAGAAAUGGAAGUCAAGAGGGACUCUUCUGCAAGAGAAAGAAGCACUAUUGCACGAAUUCAGUUUCGUCUGCCUGAUGGUUCUUCUUUUACAAAUCAGUUCCCUUCUGAUGCUCCUCUAGAAGAAGCAAGGCAGUUUGCUGCCCAGACUGUCGGCAACACUUACGGUAAUUUUUCACUAGCAACUAUGUUUCCCAGGAGGGAAUUUACCAAAGAAGAUUAUAAAAAGAAAUUACUGGAUUUGGAACUUGCCCCAAGUGCUUCAGUGGUACUGUUGCCAGCAGGAAGACCAACUACAUCCAUGGUACAUUCUUCCAGUGGAGACUUUUGGACGUUGUUGGGGACAGUCCUUUACCCAUUCCUUGCCAUCUGGAGAUUGAUUAGCAACUUCUUAUUUAGUAACCCUCCUGCACAGACUUCUGUGAGAGCGGCGGCAUCGGAACCCUCAAACCUUGCUUCAUCUAGCAACUCAGAGAAAAGGGAACCAGUCAGAAAAAGAGUGCUGGAGAAACGGGGAGAAGAUUUUAAAAAGGAGGGGAAGAUCUACAGAUUGAGGACUCAAGAUGAUGGUGAAGAUGAAAACAACACUUGGAAUGGAAACUCUACUCAACAGAUGUAGUGUGACAAGUACUGUAUGUGCAAUAAUCAUUGUUUCUCUUAUGAUUUAAUUCAACUAAAAUUCUACUGGAGAAGUGGACUGCUUUUUCCUUUUCCAACUGGUCUAUAAAGUGUCUCUCUAUCCCUGCUUAGUGGGUUAAAGUUGUUUAACUCCUCAGACAAGUCAGGAAAUGAAAUAACUGUCCUUGCGUAUGGUAACCAACUGCUAGAAGCCUAAAAGAAUCAAAAGGUCUGCCACAGCCUCCCUUUAUCAGCUUUCUUACUCAGUAUUUCAUAU